GGGGUAAGGGGUUUAAGCGCUUUCUUUCCUUCUCACAGUUUGCUUUCUUUCUAUUUCAUUUCAUUCUACCAUUAAUUCUCGUAGUUUUCUCUCAAUUUCUCCCUCCAUAAAUUACAUUUAUACUAGCUAAAUUCUUCAGAUUGCUAUCGGCUACUUGUGUAAUUUGUUUCUAGGAAUCUCAAUUCCUAACGACAAUUACGCGGAUCAACAAAAUUCAGAUAGGCUGAGGUCAGCUGUUCAUUGUGGUUGGUGAUCUCUUAUUGGCAUGUAUGCAUAAGAUAUGGUGUUGAAAAAGAGUAUAUAUUAUGGACGAUUUGAUGGUUUCCAAUCCACCGUGGUACCUAAAGCUCCCAGAUCCUUAAGGAGGAGUUCAAUUAGGAAAUUGUCAGAGGGCAAAUUAUGCGCAUUUGACUUGUUGGCAGCUGUAGCAGACAAGUUAUUGCAGGAGAGUGAAAGUUCUACUUCAAGCAUUACUCCAGAACGAAAAGGACAGAUUAGCGUUAAUGCUAAAGACUUUGUAAAGCAGGAAGAGCCUGAAGUCACUGAAUCCACUAAUCUGGAAUGGAAUUUAGAGCCUCCUACGAUCAAAUCACCAGAGUCAGAUGAUGAUUCUGGUUUGGAACAUGUUUCUGAUGUUAGAACUUCUGGGUUUUUAAAGAAAGUUGGGAACAAUGUGAAGUUGGAACCAUCAGAAGGUGAGAAUGUAGAUAAACUGGAAGGAAAUGCCCCUGAUCAUGGGGGUAUAUGUGAUUUUAAUUUGGUUAAUAAUAUAGCUGAAAUACAGACCGAGCCAUUAGGGAAACAAAGUGGAAACUUGACUUUCAGGGACCCAGCGGAAUCGUGUGUAAAUACCCGUGUACUAAACAAAUCAUAUAGUAGCGUACAUCUACCUUUUUAUAAGGAUCCCGUUUCUUGUUUUACAAGACGUGGGGGAAAUGUAAAGAUGAGUAUUAUAGAUAACGACGAAAGUUCUUUUAGAUACAAUCAGCAUGGCACCAAAAAGAGGGCGUUUAGGUCUCAGUCACAUGCUGGAUACAGAAGAAUAGGGAAGAUGUUGACAUCUAGAUACCGGAAGGUAAUGCCAAAGAAAGAUGAUGAAGUCACUAACAGUACUAGUGGUAAAUACGCAGAGGCGGGUUCUAAAAGGAGGAAGCUGUUUCAUCAUAGCUCAAACAAUGCUUCAAAUAAUGUGAAACUUAGCAUCAAGUCCUUUGAGGUGCCAGAACUGUAUGUUGAGAUACCAGAGACAGCCACUGUAGGUUCAUUGAAGAGGACUGUUAUGGAGGCUAUUACGGCUAUUCUAGUAGGUGGACUACAUGUAGGGAUACUUGUUGAUGGCAAAAAGGUCCGAGACAACAACAGAACCCUACAACAGAUGGGUAUCUCGCAGAAUUGCGACCUUGAGACUUUGGGAUUCACUUUGGAGCCUAGGUUUCCCCAUGCUUUUCCAUGUCCGAUACAGAAAGAACCUCCAUUGGCAAUACUAUGUGACACUAGUCUACAGCAAUCAAGAUCUGAAGGCAGUCCCAUUAUGGAUGUGGGAUUUUCGAAUUCUUCUCUGGAUCUUCCUCCAGCGUCUAAUAACAAUCAUGAAAAUAUAGCCUUACAAAGCGAAGUACUAACCGAAGAAAGAGUGGCAGAUUCCAAAGCUAUUGUGAAAGCUGAGGCACUCUCAAUUGUCCCGGUUGACCACAAACCAACAAAGAGUUGUGAAGUUUCACAACGUAGAACCAGGAGGCCGUUCUCUGUAUCAGAAGUAGAAGCACUUGUGGAAGCAGUUGAAACACUUGGAACUGGAAGAUGGCGUGAUGUUAAAUUGCGUUCUUUUGAUGAUGCAAAUCAUCGAACUUAUGUGGACUUAAAGGAUAAAUGGAAAACACUGGUUCACACCGCAAGCAUCUCUCCGCAACAAAGGAGGGGAGAGGCUGUGCCGCAGGAUCUUUUGGACCGCGUCCUGGCUGCACAUGCUUAUUGGUCUCAAUGGAAGCACCAGACCCAACCGCAAUGUUCGAGUCUAGACUUUGUUGGCAUUUGAACGAUGGAAUUGAUGUACAGAAAAGAAAAAUAAGAUAGGUGGUUUGUGUAUUAUUAGUGCAGAUUACUUGUUGCGACUAAUUUGGAAAGGAAAGAGAGGAAUUGGCAGUUGUACAAUCUUGAAGCUAACUGUGCUACAUUUCUCCUGUUUCAUGUAGUUAAUACCAUUCUUUUGAC